AUCUAUAUAAAAGAAUGCCGCUUAAAGAAGCUUCUUUACUUGAGUCAUAGCCAACUAAAACAUGAAGUGGAUUUGGGCUCUAGCGUUUUUGGUUGUCGUUGCUGCCUCCAACCCAGAGGAGGAGGACAUUGAUCCAGAUGUUUUUGAGGGGGACAUGAUUCUUACUCCCGAGCAGAAAGCAGCAGCUUUGAGUGGGGGUGAUGUCGACGCAUCUGUUAGCAGGGGUUCUACCAAGGGCAGACAAUGGCCUGGCGGAGUCUUGGCUUAUGUGAUUGAUGGUGCUCUUGCUCGAGACUCCAGAGCAAUGGCGGCAAUCAACGGUGCAUUCCGUGAAUGGUCGUCCAAAACUUGUAUUACAUUCAAAAAGAGAAGCAACGAGCAGGCAUAUGCUUACUUCAAGAUUGGAUCAGGCUGUUCGUCAUACGUUGGUCGCACUGGAAGGCGCCAGGACAUCAACCUUGCUCGUGGCUGCUGGCACGUUGGUAUCGUGGCUCAUGAGAUCGGUCACGCUCUUGGUUUUUAUCACGAACAGUCCAGACCUGACCGUGAUAACUACGUCACUAUUAUGUGGGAUAACAUUGUUGAAAGAAACAAGUUUAAUUUCAACAAGUAUAAUCGUGGAACCAUCGACUCCCUUGGAACACCAUACGACUUUGGAUCGGUAAUGCAUUAUGGUGGUCGAGCCUUCAGCAAGAACGGAAAACCAACCAUUGUUGCUAAAAAGUCUGGGGUCACUCUCGGACAAAGAAGAGGACUCAGCGCUAUUGAUGCACGGCAAAUGAACCUUCUGUACAAGUCACAGUGUGGUGGUGGUGGAGGCGGCGGCGGAGGCGGCGGCGGAGGCGGAGGCGGAAGCUCUUGCGUCGAUAAGGACAACAGAUGCAGAGGCUGGACCAGCUAUUGUUCGUAUCAUCGCUAUGUCAGAGCAAACUGCAAGAAAACAUGCCGACUUUGCUAGAACAGACUUAUCAUGACCUAUAUAUCUUAAUACGACAUUUGGUCCUUGGAUUGAAUACUCUUAUAUCUAGCUAAUGCAUGUAGUAAUAUUAUAACUAAGAAACAUAAUCCAAGAAUAAAGCAUUAUCAAAUACCAA